UUUUUAUUUAUUAUCUUCUAAUUCUAAUAAUUUAACCUAAAACAAAACUCAUUAUGAUCUUUUUCAAUUUACAAACUCAACAGAAAAAAAUGGCUAAAGAUCUGGAGAAGCACGGACCGUACGGUUCCUCGGAAGGUGAAAAGUGGUGCCUAAUGCUUGAUCAUGGUGGGCGUAUAAGCGAAGUGAUUAUAAAGAGUGGAUCAGUUAUUGAUUCAAUUGCAUUCACUACAAUCAAGCCCACUGACUGUGGUUGUGGAUACUCUGCUACUCAUACAAAAUUUGGUGGCAAUGGAGGGAAACCCAACCUGAUUACAUUUCAAUGUGACGAGUACAUUACACAUUUUAGUGGAUCUCUUGGUCAAUGGGAUGGUCAACGAGUCGUGGCCAAAAUGAAGAUACAUACAAAUCUACGUCCAGAUGGAUAUGGAAGUUAUGGAAAUGGAGAUCACGUCCAUAACAUUACCAACUUUGAGUCACCACCUUUAUCUGAUGGUGGUGUUGUUGGACUAUUUGGAACGCACUCCAAAUAUCUACACUCAAUUGGAGUCUAUGGUCAAAAGAACCAGAUAAUUGAGAAGUAUGGGCCUUAUGGUUCACAAUGUGCAACAAACUGGAGUAUCAUGCUUGAAGAAUGUGAGAGCAUCAAAGAAGUAAUAAUAAGGCAUGCCAACAUUGUUGAUGGGAUUGGGUUCGUCAUUCUUGACGCAGGCGGCUGUAAUACCAUCAAAAACGUUAUUGGCGGCCUUGGAGGAAAAGUUUCCAAGGUAUUCCUAUAAUUUUCUUUCUAUUAAUUAGGAUUCAUAUUUUAACAUUAUUAAUUUUUAUGUUGAAUAAUUUAAUCUAUUCUAAAACUUUUCAUAUCAACUUUUCCAAUUCUUUAGUUAUCUUUAUUAAUUAAAAAUUUUAAAUCUUUUUAAAAAAAUUAAUUAAACUCAUAAAUAUUUCUUAAUAACCAUUUCCCUUUUUGCGCUAUUCACAAACAUAAUAUUCCUUCCAUCUAGGCAUGGCCACGGUCCGGGUUGGUCCGGUUCCGUUCCGGUUCCAUCCGGUUCCGGUUCCACCCGGUUCCGAUUCCAUUUGGAACCUGUCGCGAACGGUUCCGGUUCCGGUUCCGGUUCCGGGCGGUUCCAAACGGUUCCUUAGCGGUUCAUGAGGCGGUUCCGGCGGUUCCAACUCACGGGACGGGCGGGUCGGACCAUCGGUUCCAUUUUAAUUUUUUCUUUAAAUUUUUGUAUAAUAAAAAAAUACUAUAAUAUCGCGGACGUACCUUUGAUGAUUACUUGAUUAUUAGCGAAAUUCAUUGCA